CCGUGCCCGUGCCUCUCCGCCAGAGGGCGCUGCGAGGGAGCCUAGUGAUGUCAUGCGUCAUUAGCAUAUUUCUGGCUAUAUCUAUUGCGCACAGUUGGGCACGCCACUACUGCUGCAACGCUCAGACUAGAGACAUUCCCAGGCACUAGACAACACUCCGAUUAAUCGCAAAAUGUCAGACAAGAAGCCCGACAUCUCUGAGGUGGAGCAUUUUGACAAAACUAAGCUGAAAAAGACUCAGACGCAGGAGAAGAACCCCCUGCCUUCAAAAGAAACCAUCGAACAGGAGAAGGCAGAACAAGCAUCAUGAAGCCUGCACCUCCAUCAUGCACUGUACACCCCCUUCUCCUGCAUUGCCUUGUUUUCAGUCACUUCUUUUAGCUGUAUAACUUUGUAACCGAAAUUAUGAAAUGACAACAACAGUCGCGCUGCACACGCGUUCGGACGGAUGGUGCACAUGCUCCUUGGUGAACAUCUCCACCCCUCGAAGAUGGUCCAUCUGAGGCGGGGCAGGGGACAUGGUCCUAAAAAUGUGCGUCUCCCAUGGGCACACAGUGUCCUGAGGGACAGGAAGCACAUCAUCGCCUCAUUCACCAACACCAAAACCUAACUUCCUGUGUAGCUGCUUUUGCGCCAAAACCCAGGCGUCAAGCUUUUUAUUGUUUUUGUCUUCUAAUUUUCGGAAAAUGCACAACUUUGUAUGUACGCUGGCCAAAAUGUAAAUGCCCCAAAAAUUGUGUCAUUAUGUUUCUGUUUUUGUGAUUUGUUUUUUUACACAAGGAUCAAAGUAAUUGACGGAUUCCAUAUAGAUCUGGGAGAUCCCAAGUGUACCUUAUUCACAGGUCACUAGUCUGGGCCCUACUUCUGAACCAUUCGGGAUAGCUUUUGUGUUGAGCAAUCUGUCUCUGAAUCGUCUCAAAUGUGGAAAAAACACUGGCAAGUCAAACCAUCUGUUUGCUCAAUUUUUGACUAAAUUAAAUUCUUCUGAAGUUUUGUAAAUUCCCAGCAGUCAUGUUACUCUGCCACAAAUCAUUACCGGAAAUGGAAAACCGUGAAAUGUUGUAAUAAAAAAGAAUUUGUUACUAAAAAGAAAA